GCGUUGCAGGCCCUCGCGGGCUCCGGCUUUGAGCAGAGCCUUGCUCCUCACUUCCCUCGCGCAGGUUUCUUCUUCCUUCUCUUUCCUGUGCGCCCUUCCCUCUCCCCUUCUGCCAAGUGAUGGCGGGCGGGGCCGAGGACGUCCGGAAGCUUUUCAUCCUCACCACCACCCAGAAUUACUUUGGAGUGGACUCGGGACCCUGGGACCAGCCGCUGCUGCACCACAGUCCUGAAAUCAACAACUUCUUGGACGACGGGAACCAGAUGCUCCUCCGGGUGCAGCGCUCCGACGCCGGCAUGUCCUUUUCUAACGCGAUUGAUUCUGCUGACACAAAGGAUAAAGUGCUGGUGUUUUUCAAGCUGAGACCUGAAGUGAUUACCGAUCAGAACCUACAUAACAACAUUCUUGUUUCAUCUAUGUUAGAAUCGCCUAUAAAUUCCCUUUAUCAAGCAGUACGGCAGGUAUUUGCACCAAUGUUGUUAAAGGAUCAGGAAUGGAGUAGAGACUUUGAUCCCAAACUUCAGAAUCUUUUGAGUGAACUAGAAGAUGGAUUGGGUAUAGUUCUACGAAGAUCAGACACUAAUUUAUCAAAAAUGAAAUUUAAGGAAGAUGACACACGAGGUAUUCUUACACCAAAUGAUGAGUUCCAGUUUUGGAUAGAACAAACUCAUCGUGGAAAUAAACAGAUUAGUAAAGAAAGAGCCAGUUAUUUUAAAGAAUUAUUUGAAACAAUUUCAAGAGAGUUUUAUAACUUGGACAGCCUGUCCUUAUUGGAAGUCGUUGACUUGGUGGAGACUACUCGGGACGUUGUUGAUGAUGUGUGGAGACAAACAGAGCAUGAGCAUUAUCCUGAGUCACGAAUGUUACAUCUCUUAGAGAUCAUAGGUGGUUCAUUUGGAAGAUUUGUUCAGAGAAAGUUGGGAACUUUGAAUCUAUGGGAAGAUCCUUAUUAUCUUGUGAAAGAAAAUCUGAAAGCUGGUAUUUCAAUUUGUGAACAGUGGGUGAUGGCCUGCAAUCAUCUAACAGGUCAGGUGUGGCAGCGCUACGUUCCUCAUCCAUGGAAAAAUGAAAAAUAUUUCCCUGAAACACUUGACAAACUUGGCAAACGCCUUGAAGAGGUCUUGGAUGUUAGAACAAUUCAUGAGAAGCUUCUCUAUUUUUUACCUGCUAGUGAAGAGAAAAUCCUGGCUCGAGUAUUUGAACCUUUUACUGGCCUGAAUCCAGUGCAAUAUAAUCCAUAUACUGAGCCUUUGUGGAAAGCUGCAGUGUCUCAAUAUGAAAAAAUUAUUAUACCUGUGGAACGAAAAAUAGCAGGAAAAUUGAAAAAUUAUAUUUCAGAAAUUCAAGAUAGUCCACAACAGCUUCUUCAAGCAUUUCUGAAAUACAAAGAGUUGGUGAAGCGUCCAAUUAUAAGCAAAGAAUUGAUGUUAGAACGAGAAACUUUACUGGCAAGGCUUGUGGACUCAGUUAAAGAUUUUCGAUUAGAUUUUGAGAACCGGAGCCGAGGAAUUCCUGGUGAUGCAUCUGGACCACUUUCUGGCAAAAACCUUUCAGAGGUUGUCAAUAAUAUAGUUUGGGUUCGCCAGUUGGAACUGAAGGUGGAUGAUACCAUCAAGAUAGCAGAGGCUGUUUUGUCUGACUCAUCAGGAUAUCGAUCUUUCCAUCGAAGUGCUGAAGAUCUCUUAGAGCAGUUUAAACUGUAUGAACAAGAACAAUUUGAUGAUUGGUCCAGGGAUAUUCAGUCUGGUUUGUCUGAUUCUAGAUCGGGUUUGUGUAUUGAGGCUAACAGUAGAAUUAUGGAAUUGGAUUCUAAUGAUGGAUCAUUAAAAGUGUAUUAUUCAGAUCGGUUGGUGAUUCUUCUGAGAGAAGUUCGUCAGCUUUCUGCACUUGGCUUUGUUAUUCCUGCCAAAAUACAGCAAGUUGCAAACAUUGCACAGAAAUUCUGCAAGCAAGCAAUUAUUCUUAAACAAGUGGCACAUUUUUACAAUUCUAUCGAUCAGCAGAUGAUUCAGAGUCAGAGACCAAUGAUGUUACAAUCUGCCUUAGCAUUUGAACAGAUAAUUAAGAAUUCAAAAGCUGGAAGUGGGGGAAAGUCACAGAUUACUUGGGAUAAUCCCGGUGAGUUAGAAGGCUACAUCCAAAAGCUCCAAAGUGCUGCUGACCGACUUGCCACUGAAAAUAGAAAGCUGAGAAAAUGGCACACUACGUUUUGUGAAAAGGUGGUAAUUCUUAUGAAUAUUGAUCUUCUUCGGCAACAACAACGCUGGAAAGAUGGAUUACAGGAAUUGAGAACUGGCUUAGCAAGUGUAGAAGCACAGGGAUUCCAAGCAAGUGACAUGCAUGCGUGGAAGCUGCACUGGAAUCAUCAGCUGUACAAAGCUCUGGAGCAUCAGUAUCAGAUGGGCUUAGAAGCACUUAAUGAGAAUCUUCCUGAAAUAAAUAUAGACUUACUGUACAAACAAGGACGGUUACAAUUCAGGCCUCCUUUUGAAGAAAUCCGUGCUAAAUAUUACAGAGAAAUGAAGAGAUUUAUCGGCAUUCCUAAUCAGUUUAAGGGAGUGGGUGAGGCAGGAGAUGAAUCUAUUUUUUCUAUUAUGAUUGAUAGAAAUGCAAGUGGAUUUCUGACUAUUUUCAGAAAAGCAGAAGAUUUAUUUAGGAGAUUGUCGGCUGUUUUACACCAACAUAAGGAAUGGAUUAUAAUUGGGCAAGUUGAUAUGGAAGCUCUCGUGGAAAAGCAUCUUUCUACUGUUCAUGAUUGGGAAAAAAAUUUUAAAGCACUGAAAAUAAAAGGAAAAGAAGUAGAACGACUUCCAAGUGUUGUCAAGGUAGACUGCUUAAAUAUUAAUUGUAGCCCUGUGAAGACUGUGAUUGAUGACCUCAUCCAGAAGUUAUUUGAUGUGCUUGUGCUUUCUUUGAAGAAGUCUGUCCAGGCUCAUUUACAUGAAAUUGAUGCAUUUGUCAGUGAAGCUAUGGAAGUCUUAUCAAUUAUGCCCCAGUCUGUGGAAGAGAUAGGUAAUGCAAAUGUGCAGUAUAGUAAGCUACAAGAACAGAAGCCACAGAUUUUGCCUUUAUUUCAAGAAGCUGAAGAUAAAAACAGACUUUUACGAACUGUGGCAGGCGGAGGUUUAGAAACAAUUAGCAAUCUGAAGGCUAAAUGGGAUAAAUUUGAGUUGAUGAUGGAAAGUCACCAACUUAUGAUUAAAGAUCAGAUUGAAGUGAUGAAAGGAAAUGUGAAAUCACGUCUUCAGAUCUAUUACCAAGAAUUGGAAAAAUUUAAAGCUCGUUGGGACCAACUAAAGCCCAGCGAUGAUGUUAUUGACACUGGCCAGCAAAAUACCCUCGAUGAGAGUGCAAAGUUAAUAAAAGAGAAGAAAGUUGAGUUUGAUGAUCUUGAAGUCAUAAGAAAAAAACUGGUUGAUGAUUGCCAGCAUUUUGGACUAGAAGAGCCUAACUUCUCUUUGGCAUACAGCAUUUCUAAAGACAUUGAGAGCUGUGCACAAAUUUGGGCUCUUUAUGAGGAGUUUCAGCAAGGAUUUCAGGAAAUGGCCAAUGAAGAUUGGAUUACUUUUCGGACUAAGACAUAUCUGUUUGAGGAAUUUUUGAUGACUUGGCAUGACAAAUUAAGAAAAGCUGAAGAACAUUCAGUAAUGACAGUGAAAUUACAAUCAGAAGUUGACAAAUAUAAAAUGGUAAUUCCUAUCUUGAAAUAUGUGCGAGGGGAACAUCUUUCUCCAGACCAUUGGCUUGACCUUUUUCGUCUACUUGGCCUUCCUAGGGGGACUAGUCUAGAGAAAUUGCUGUUUGGUGAUCUUCUCAGAUUAGCUGAUACAAUUGUUGCCAAAGCUUCAGACCUUAAGGAUUUAAAUAGUCGGGCACAUGGUGAAGUUACAAUCAGAGAAGCUUUACGUGAACUUGAUCUUUGGGGAGUUGGAGCAGUGUUUACAUUGACUGAUUAUGAAGACAGCCAAAAACGAACCAUCAAGCUGAUUAAAGACUGGAAAGAUAUAGUAAAUCAAGUUGGAGAUAAUAGAUGCCUUCUUCAGUCCUUAAAGGAUUCUCCUUAUUAUAAAGGAUUUGAAGAUAAAGUGUCAAUUUGGGAAAGAAAACUUGCACAGUUAGAUGAGUAUCUGCAGAAUUUAAACCAUAUUCAGAGAAAGUGGGUGUAUUUGGAGCCCAUUUUUGGCCGUGGAGCAUUGCCAAAAGAACAGGCACGCUUCAAUAGAGUGGAUGAAGAUUUUAGAUCAAUAAUGACUGACAUCAAGAAAGACAACAGAGUUACAACGUUAACUACUCAUGCAGGAAUCAGAAAUUGUCUACUGAAAAUACUUGAUCAGCUACAAAGAUGUCAGAAAUCAUUAAAUGAAUUUUUGGAGGAAAAACGCUCAGCAUUUCCAAGAUUUUAUUUUAUUGGUGAUGAUGACUUGUUAGAAAUACUGGGCCAGUCUACCAAUCCUUCAGUAAUUCAGUCUCACCUUAAGAAGCUGUUUGCUGGUAUUAAUAGUGUAUGUUUUGAUAAUGAGUCAAGACAUAUAAUUGCAAUGAAAUCUUUGGAGGGCGAAGUUGUACCUUUAAAAAAUAAAGUUCUUCUAUCAAAUAAUGUAGAGAAUUGGUUAAAUGCUUUGGCCUUGGAAAUGAAGCAAACUUUGAAACAGUUGUUGACAGAAUGUGUUACUGCUGGACGAAGUUCUCAAGGUGCAAUUGACUCAUCCUUGUUCCCAUCACAGAUAUUAUGCUUGGCGGAGCAGAUUAAAUUUACUGAAGAUGUAGAAAAUGCUAUCCAAGAUCACAGCCUUCAUCAGAUUGAAGCACAACUAGUAAAUAAGUUAGAGCACUAUACUGACAUCGACACGAGUUCUGAGGAUUCGGGCAAUACUGAAUCUGGCAUUAUGGAGCUUAAACUUAAAGCAUUAAUCCUUGACAUUAUUCAUAAUAUUGAUGUGGUGAAACAGUUGAACCAAGUUCAAGUUCAUACAAUUGAAGACUGGGCUUGGAAAAAACAAGUUAGAUUCUAUAUGAAAAGUGAUGAUAUAUGUUAUGUUCAAAUGGUGGAUACUGAACUUCAGUAUACUUAUGAGUAUCAGGGUAAUGCUCCCAAGCUGGUGUAUACUCCACUGACUGACAAGUGCUACCUAACUCUCACUCAAGCCAUGAAGAUGGGACUUGGAGGAAAUCCUUACGGACCAGCUGGAACUGGAAAAACUGAAUCGGUCAAAGCUUUGGGUGGACUUCUUGGAAGACAAGUUUUAGUUUUUAAUUGUGAUGAGGGCAUCGAUGUGAAGUCAAUGGGACGAAUAUUUGUUGGUUUGGUCAAGUGUGGGGCCUGGGGUUGUUUUGAUGAAUUCAACAGACUGGAAGAAGCUGUACUAUCAGCAGUUUCUAUGCAGAUCCAGACAAUUCAAGAUGCUUUGAAGAAUCAUAGAAGUGUAUGUGAACUGCUUGGCAAGGAGGUAGAAAUAAAUUCAAAUUCUGGCAUUUUUAUCACUAUGAAUCCUGCUGGAAAAGGAUAUGGAGGAAGACAAAAACUGCCUGAUAAUCUUAAACAGCUUUUCCGGCCAGUAGCCAUGUCUCGUCCAGACAAUGAGCUCAUUGCAGAAGUUAUUCUCUAUUCAGAAGGCUUUAAAGAUGCUCAAGUAUUGGGCAGGAAAUUGGUAGCUAUUUUCAAUCUAUCUAGGGAACUUUUGACACCUCAACAACAUUAUGACUGGGGAUUGAGAGCUUUGAAGACAGUUCUGAGAGGUAGUGGAAAUCUUCUUAGACAACUGAAGAAAACUGGCAUUAAACAAGAAGUUAAUGAAAGUCAUAUUGUGGUACAAGCAUUGAGGCUUAACACUAUGUCAAAGUUUACAUUUGCUGAUUGCACUCGGUUUGAUGCACUGAUCAAAGAUGUGUUUCCUGGAAUUGACUUUAAAGAAGUAGAAUAUGAUGAACUGAGUGCUGCAUUACAGCAAGUCUUUGAGGAGGCCAAUUAUGAAAUCAUACCCAAUCAGGUCAAGAAAGCUUUAGAAUUGUAUGAACAAUUACGCCAGAGGAUGGGAGUUGUUAUUGUUGGUCCAAGUGGUGCUGGAAAAUCAACUCUAUGGAGAAUGCUAAGGGCAGCACUUUUUAAAAUUGGCAAAGUGGUAAAACAAUAUACCAUGAAUCCCAAAGCUAUGCCUAGACAUCAAUUAUUAGGCCAUAUUGACAUGGAUACAAGGGAAUGGUCUGAUGGUGUUUUGACAAAUAGUGCUCGCCAAGUAGUUCGAGAACCUCAAGAUGUCAGCUCAUGGAUAAUCUGUGAUGGUGAUAUUGAUCCUGAAUGGAUAGAAUCUCUGAAUUCGGUUCUGGAUGACAAUCGACUGCUCACUAUGCCCAGUGGGGAAAGGAUUCAGUUUGGCCCAAAUGUUAACUUUGUAUUUGAAACUCAUGAUUUAAGUUGUGCCUCGCCAGCCACAAUAUCUAGAAUGGGAAUGAUCUUUCUUAGUGAUGAAGAGACAGAUAUUAAUUCGCUGAUAAAAUCUUGGUUGAGGAAUCAGCCUCCUAAACAUAGGAAUAAUCUUGAAAACUGGAUUGGAGAUUAUUUUGAAAAAGCUUUACAGUGGGUUCUAAAACAGAAUGACUAUGUGGUAGAAACAAGUUUGGUUGGGACUGUGAUGAAUGGUUUGUCACAUCUACAUGGAUGCAAAGAUCAUGAUCAAUUUAUUAUAAAUCUCAUAAGGGGACUUGGUGGAAAUCUGAAUAUGAAAUCACGCCUGGAAUUCACCAGAGAGGUUUUUAAUUGGGCACGAGAAUCUCCUCCAGAUGCUCACAAACCAAUGGACACCUACUAUGACCCGAGUCAAGGCCGAUUAGCAUCGUAUGUGCCGAAGAAGCCGGAAAAUUUGACUGCUGAUGAUUUCAGCAAUGUCCAGACACUUCCAGUCAUCCAGACUCCUGACAUGCAGCGGGGUCUAGAUUAUUUCAAACCCUGGUUAAGUUCUGACACUAAACAGCCAUUUAUUCUUGUAGGACCAGAAGGAUGUGGCAAAGGGAUGCUGCUGAGGUAUGCCUUUUCCCAACUCCGGUCCACUCAAAUUGCUACGGUUCACUGUAGUGCACAAACUACGUCUCGGCAUCUCCUGCAGAAACUGAGCCAGACCUGCAUGGUAAUCAGUACUAAUACUGGUCGAGUAUACAGACCCAAAGACUGUGAAAGACUUGUUUUGUACUUAAAAGAUAUCAACCUACCCAAACUUGACAAAUGGGGCACCAGUACUUUGGUAGCUUUUCUGCAACAGGUAUUGACAUAUCAAGGAUUUUAUGAUGAAAAUUUGGAAUGGGUUGGUUUAGAAAAUAUUCAAAUUGUGGCAUCUAUGUCAGCUGGAGGAAGACUGGGAAGACAUAAGCUUACUACCAGAUUUACUUCUAUUGUUCGUCUUUGUGCUAUAGAUUACCCAGAAAGAGAGCAAUUACAGACAAUUUAUGGGGCAUAUUUGGAACCAGUUUUACAUAAAAAUUUGAAGAAUCAUCCUAUUUGGGGUUCUUCAUCAAAAAUUUCUCUCUUAGCAGGAUCUAUGGUACAAGUGUAUGAACAGGUGCGGGCCAAAUUUACAGUUGACGAUUAUAGUCACUAUAUUUUUACUCCUUGCAUUCUUACCCAGUGGGUUCUUGGCUUAUUCAGAUAUGACUUAGAAGGAGGAUCGUCAAACCAUCCACUAGAUUAUGUAUUAGAAAUUGUAGCAUAUGAAGCACGGCGCUUAUUUCGUGACAAAAUUGUUGGUGCAAAGGAACUUCAUUUAUUUGACAACAUUUUAACGUCAGUGUUUCAAGGAGAUUGGGGGUCAGAUGUAUUAGACAAUAUGGCAGAUAGUUUCUAUGUUACAUGGGGAGCCCGACAUGAUUCAGUAACAAGGGCACCGCCAGGACAACCAUUGCCUCCACAUGGAAAACCACUUGGAAUACUAAAUUCUACAGAACUCAAGGAUGUUAUUAAAAAGGGUCUUAUUCAUUAUGGACGCGAUAACCAGAAUUUAGAUAUUUUACUUUUUCAAGAAGUCCUGGAGUAUAUGUCUCGGAUAGAUAGAGUGCUGAGCUUUCCCGGAGGUUCACUUCUGUUAGCCGGACGCAGUGGUGUAGGCCGUCGGACCAUCACAUCUUUAGUCAGUCAUAUGCAUGGAGCAGUGCUGUUUUCCCCAAAGAUUUCCAGAGGAUAUGAACUCAAACAGUUCAAAAAUGAUCUCAAACAUGUGCUGAAUCUCGCAGGCGUCGAAGCACAACAGGUGGUUUUACUUCUUGAGGAUCACCAAUUCGUGCAUCCUGCAUUUUUGGAGAUGAUCAAUAGCCUUUUGUCUUCAGGUGAAGUUCCCGGACUCUAUACCCUUGAAGAGUUAGAGCCCUUGCUGUUGCCUCUAAAAGACCAGGCUUCACAGGAUGGAUUUUUUGGACCAACCUUCAAUUACUUCACAUAUAGAAUUCAGCAAAACUUGCAUAUUGUCUUGAUAAUGGAUUCUGCAAAUUUAAACUUCACAAUAAACUGUGAGAGUAAUCCAGCAUUGCAUAAGAAAUGCCAGGUAUUGUGGAUGGAAGGUUGGUCAGAUAGCAGCAUGAAGAAAUUUUUAUUAAUCCACGAAUCUUGUAAAGCAUAUGGUGCUACACCAAGCCGAUAUAUGACCUUCUUACAUGUAUAUUCUGCCAUUAGUAGCAGCAAGAAAAAGGAAUUAUUAAAAAGGCAAAGUCAUUUACAGGCUGGUGUAUCUAAACUAAAUGAAGCUAAAGCUCUUGUGGAUGAACUGAACAGAAAAGCUGGAGAACAAAGUGUGUUACUUAAAACUAAGCAAGAUGAGGCGGACGCUGCCCUUCAGGAGAUCACAGUAUCAAUGCAGGAUGCAAGUGAGCAAAAGACAGAACUUGAAAAACUGAAGCACAGAAUAGCAGACGAAGUUGUUAAAAUUGAAGAAAGAAAAAACAAAAUUGAUGAUGAAUUAAAAGAAGUACAGCCUCUAGUGUAUGAAGCAAAACUAGCAGUUGGAAACAUUAAGCCAGAAUCUCUUUCAGAAAUUCGCUCACUGCGUAUGCCCCCUGAUGUAAUCAGAGACAUUCUUGAAGGAGUUUUAAGGUUGAUGGGUAUCUUUGAUACAUCUUGGGUGAGCAUGAAAAGUUUCCUCGCAAAAAGAGGUGUGAGAGAAGACAUAGCAACUUUUGAUGCACGAAAUAUUCCAAAGGAAAUAAGAGACAGUGUUGAAGAACUUCUUCAUAAAAAUAAAGGAUCUUUUGAUCCAAAGAAUGCCAAGCGUGCCAGCACUGCCGCGGCUCCCUUGGCUGCCUGGGUCAAAGCCAACGUGCAGUACUCCCACGUCCUGGAGAGAAUCCAGCCUUUGGAAACGGAGCAGGCACGAUUGGAGUCAAAUUUGAAGAAAACUGAAGACAGAAAAAGGAAACUAGAGGAGCUUCUUAAUUCUGUUGGUCAAAAAGUAUCAGAACUUAAAGAGAAAUUUCAGAGCAGGACUUCAGAGGCUGCCAAACUUGAAGCUGAAGUAAGCAAAGCACAAGAAACAAUUAAAGCUGCGGAAGUCUUAAUUAAUCAGCUUGAUAGAGAACACAAGAGAUGGACUGCACAGGUUGCAGAGAUAACAGAGGAAUUAGAUACUCUUCCGAAAAGAGCUCAACUAGCUGCUGCAUUUAUGACAUAUCUUUCUGCUGCUCCUGAGGGUUUGAGAAAAACCUUUUUGGAAGAAUGGACCAAGUCAGCUUGUCUUGAAAAAUUUGAUCUGCGGAGAUUUCUUUGUACUGAAAGUGAGCAGUUAAUUUGGAAAAGUGAAGGCCUACCAUCAGAUGAUCUUUCCAUAGAAAAUGCUAUUGUUAUCCUACAGAGUCGAGUGUGCCCAUUUCUUAUAGACCCUUCUUCCCAAGCUACAGAAUGGUUAAAAACACAUUUGAAAGACUCACAUUUGGAAGUUAUUAACCAGCAGGAUAGUAACUUUAUCACAGCUCUUGAGUUGGCAGUACGCUUUGGGAAAACUCUUAUUAUACAAGAGAUGGACAGUGUAGAACCUGUUCUUUAUCCAUUAUUGAGACGGGAUCUGGUUGCCCAAGGACCUCGUUAUGUGGUACAAAUAGGUGACAAAAUUAUUGACUACAAUGAAGAAUUCCGCCUUUUUUUGUCAACAAGAAACCCAAAUCCCUUCAUUCCACCGGAUGCAGCUUCCAUUGUUACUGAGGUUAACUUUACUACUACAAGAAGUGGAUUACGAGGACAGCUUUUGGCUCUAACUAUUCAGCAUGAAAAACCUGAUUUAGAGGAACAGAAAACAAAACUAUUACAACAGGAAGAAGAUAAGAAAAUACAGUUAGCCAAGCUUGAGGAAUCUCUCUUAGAGACACUUGCCACAUCUCAAGGCAAUAUUUUGGAAAAUAAGGAUUUGAUUGAAUCUUUGAAUCAGACAAAAGCAAGCAGUGCACUUAUUCAAGAGUCACUUAAAGAAUCUUACAAACUUCAAAUUUUUCUUGAUCAAGAGCGGGAUGCCUAUCUUCCUCUGGCUGAGAGUGCUAGCAGGAUGUACUUCAUUAUCUCUGACUUGUCCAAAAUUAAUAACAUGUACCGUUUUAGUUUGGCUGCAUUUCUUCGACUUUUCCAGAGAGCUCUGCAAAAUAAACAGGAUUCUGAAAACACAGAACAGCGAAUCCAAUCUCUGGUCAGCUCAUUAAAACAGAUGGUAUAUGAAUAUGUGUGCCGUUGUCUAUUUAAGGCUGAUCAGUUGAUGUUCGCAUUGCAUUUUGUCCGGGGCAUGCAUCCUGAACAUUUUCAAGAAAAUGAAUGGGAUACGUUUACAGGUGUGGUUGUUGGAGACAUGCUGCGGAAAGCUGACUCUCAACAAAGAAUACGUGAUCAGCUUCCAUCUUGGGUAGAUCAGGAAAGAAGCUGGGCAGUGGCAACAUUGAAGAUUGCUCUCCCCGGUCUUUACCAGACCCUCUGCUUUGAAGAUGCAGAUCUGUGGCGUACGUAUUAUCAUCAUUCAAUGUGUGAGCAAGAGUUUCCAUCUGUUCUUGCAAAGAAAGUUUCCUUAUUUCAGCAGGUCCUGGUGGUGCAGGCCCUCAGGCCCGACAGGCUGCAGAGCGCCAUGGCUCUGUUCGCAUGCAGGACUCUGGGUCUGAAAGAGUUGUCCCCACUUCCUCUCAAUCUCAAACGUUUGUACAAGGAGACACUAGAAAUUGAACCCAUCUUGAUCAUUAUUUCUCCCGGUGCUGAUCCUUCUCAGGAACUUCAAGAACUUGCUAAUGCUGAAAGAAGUGGAGAGUGUUAUCACCAGAUUGCCAUGGGUCAAGGUCAAGCUGAUUUAGCAAUUCAAAUGCUAAGAGAAUGUGCUCAGAAUGGAGAUUGGCUCUGUUUGAAAAACUUACAUCUUGUGGUAUCUUGGCUGCCCGUUCUGGAAAAGGAGUUGAAUACUCUUCAACCAAAAGAUACCUUUCGUCUUUGGCUCACUGCAGAAGUUCACCCCAACUUUACUCCUAUUUUAUUACAGUCAAGUUUGAAAAUAACAUAUGAGUCACCUCCAGGUUUAAAGAAGAAUUUAAUGCGUACUUAUGAAUCUUGGACUCCUGAGCAAAUUAGCAAAAAUGGUAAUCUACAUAGAGCUAAUGCUCUCUUCAGUUUUGCAUGGUUUCAUGCUGCAUGUCAAGAGAGAAGAAAUUAUAUUCCACAGGGUUGGACCAAAUUUUAUGAGUUUUCUUUAUCAGAUCUUCGGGCUGGUUACACCAUUAUUGACAGGCUCUUUGAUGGUACCAAAGAUGUACAGUGGGAAUUUGUCCAUGGUUUACUUGAAAAUGCUAUUUAUGGAGGACGUAUAGAUAACUAUUUUGACCUUAGAGUUCUUCAAUCAUACCUGAAACAGUUUUUUAAUUCUUCAGUAAUUGAUGUAUUAAACGAAAUGAACAAGAAAAGCAUUUUCCCAUAUACCUUAUCUCUGCCAAAAUCCUGCAGCAUUUUGGAGUAUCGUGCUGUCAUUGAAAAACUCCCAGAGGAUGACAAACCUAGUUUCUUCGGUCUGCCUGCCAAUAUCGCUCGCUCUUCUCAACGCAUGAUCAGUUCUCAGGUUAUUUCACAGUUGAGGAUCUUGGGCAGAGCAGUAACAGCUGGUUGCAAAUUUGAUAGAGAAAUCUGGUCUAAUGAACUUUCUCCUGUCCUCAAUCUCUGGAAGAAACUAAACCAGAAUUCAAACCUGAUUCAUCAGAAAGUGUCUCCUCCUAAUGAUCGACAAGGAUCUCCAAUAUUAUCAUUCAUCGUUCUUGAACAGUUUAAUGCCAUUCGCUUAGUACAAAGUGUUCACCAGUCUCUUGCUGCUCUCAGCAAAGUUAUCAGAGGAACAACCUUACUGAGUUCAGAAGUACAGAAAUUGGCAAGUGCUUUAUUAAACCAAAAGUGUCCUCUCACGUGGCAGAGCAAGUGGGAAGGCCCAGAAGACCCUUUACAGUACCUCCGAGGGCUGGUGUCUCGUGCCCUUGCAAUACAGAGCUGGGUAGAGAGAGCUGAAAAACAGGCUCUUCUCUCCGAUACACUUGACCUAUCAGAACUCUUCCACCCAGACACAUUCCUCAAUGCUCUUCGCCAAGAAACUGCAAGGGCAAUGGGCUGUUCUGUGGAUAGCCUUAAAUUUGUAGCUUCAUGGAAAGGUCGACUGCAAGAGGCCAAGCUGCAGAUUAAGGUUAGUGGCUUGUGCCUGGAAGGAUGCAGUUUUGAUGGGAAUCGACUUUCUGAAAAUCAGCAUGAUUCUCCAAGUGUAUCAUCAGUUCUCCCUUGUUUUAUGGGCUGGAUUCCACAGGGUGUGUAUGGCCCAUAUUCCCCUGAUGAUUGCAUAUCUUUGCCUGUUUACACAAGUGCUGAAAGGGAUCGUGUGGUAACCAACAUAGUUGAAAUGUUGAGUGAGAUAUUUGGGAAGACGUUUUUAAAAGAAGGAGGCAAACUAUCUUCUGCUGCCUACAAUGUGGAUGCAAUGGAUGCAGCUCUAGCUGUUGUCUCAUUCAUGGGCAGAAGUGGCGACCAGAAGUCAUGCAUGAGGGAGCAGAAAGAAAAAAGUUCAGCCCAUAUUUUCUACUGA